AUGCACUGCCCUGCAAAGCUGCAGGUGCGUUGGCCAGAGGAGUGGCCCUACACAGAGGCAGACUUUGCGCGACAAGACGAAAGCACCGACACAGGGUUUUACACACAUCCACGGAUUUGUACCCAUGUGGAUGACAACUUUAUUGCUACGCUGAACAAGCACUAUGGCAAGGUGUUCCCAACAUAUCCCAAUGCAAGGAUACUGGAUCUUUGUUCAAGCUGGAUCAGUCACUACCCAACAGAGAAGACCUGGUCCCAUGUCUCAAUUACAGGUAUGAAUGAAUAUGAAUUGCAGCAGAACAAGCAGGCCGAUGACUACACAGUUCGAGACCUGAACGAGAACCCGAAGCUUCCCUACGAGGACUCGUCCUUUGACAUUGUCACCUGCACGGUGUCCUUUGACUACUUGUGCAAGCCUCUGGAGGUGAUGAAGGAGGUGGGCCGUGUCUUGAAGCCUGGUGGCAUGGUGAUCCUCUCCACCAGCAAUCGUUGCUUUCCAACAAAGGCUGUGAAUAUUUGGCUACAGACGGGGGACCUGGAGCAUGUUCUCAUCUAUGGCAGCUACAUGCAUUACUCAAGCGUCUUCGAACGUCCUGAAGCACUCGACCUCUCUGGGCCACUGUGCCGGCUCGGGUUCCAGGAUCCUGUCUAUGUCAUCCAAGCGAAGCUUCUUGGAUCUUCACUUUGGCGUUGA